AGGCAAAGUUAAGCAACGGCCGCCGCGAAGUUUAACCUCCAAAGAAGCAGAAACAAUGGCGAAAGGCGACGAUAAUGUACAGAGGAAGAAGAAUAAGUUGACGAGGAAGAAGAUGAGUAGAAAGAACGAUUCCGCCACCGUAUCUGCUCGCAUCGCAGCCAUUAUCGCCGCCAAGAAACGCCGCAAGUCUGGCAAACGCAGCAUGUGUCAGGGAAUGUGUUUUAGUCUUCCUACACCUCAAGAUCCCUAUAAUGAAAGGCAAGGUAAAGCUGAUAUCACCAAAAAGAAGAAGAACAACAAGGUCAAGAGUAGAGAUAAGACGAUUAAAGAGGCUGGUGUUGAGAAGCCGAUUGGUCCAUCGAAGUUUCUGAUGUCUAACUUGAAUGAGAUAGAGAGCUCGUUUCGAAAAGAUAGCACAUACAGUGAACAGCAUGACAAGUUUUUGUUCACUAGCACUUGGGGAAUUGAGUUCUGGAAAUGUUUCUUAUCUGGGAAAGAUAUUCUAGAGACAAGUGGAAUGUCUUCCACCGUUGAACAGAUUGCGUGGAUUGUAUCAACUGCAGCCGAUGCUAUUGCUAAACGGGAGAAAGAUGAGGAGAAAAAUGAUGAGGUGGAGUGCAACAGCCCUUUUCUUUUGUACCUUGUGCCAUCUCAGUCCAAAGCAUCUCAGGUUCGAUCGGUUUGCAAGGCACUGAAAGGUAUUGGAAUUCACACAGUGAGCUUACACCAAGGAGCAUCACUAGAUCAUCAGAUUUCCGGAUUGAAAAGCGUCGAGCCUGAGUUUAUAGUUGCUACACCUGAGAGACUUUUGGAGAUUGUCAUCUCACAGGGAGUUGAUAUAUCUGGUGUUUCGUUGCUGGUCAUCGAUGAACUAGGUUCCCUUUGCAGUAGUGGUUAUCUAGAUGCUGUUAAAUCCAUUAAGCAGGCCAUUUCAAGCAAACACCAAUCGAUAGUUUUCAACGACAGUUUUAGUUCUACUAUUAUUCCAGCCAUCCAGGGUCUUUUGGGGAGAUCAAUUAACAAAGUUACUGCCAGUGAUUCUGUUGCCAGCCAAGGUUCUUGUAUUAUCCAGACUGUAAAUGUCUGCGCCUCGGAGGAACAAAAGCUAGAGAAGUUUGCAGAGCUUCUGGAUUCAUCUUCAUCGAAGAUAAUACACAUUGUUACAAAGGAGGAAAGUUUCAGAAAGAUAAGGGCUCUACUUAAGAUCAAGGGUAUCUCAGAGGUCAAAAAGAGCCGGAAACCUUUGGCGCACUUGAUUGAUAUCGAACAGUUGGAUACUACAGUUAUGAAGGACUUUGAAACAGUUCUACUUCCAGAUUUUUUCCCAUCAAUCGAAAUUUACACUCAGAUUCUGACAAGUAUGGCUAGAGAGAGCGUUCACGGGGAACUUCAAAGCUUUAUAACUGAAAAGGAUGCUGUGUCUUAUCAAGCUGAACCAUUGGUGAGUCUCCUGGAGGAUUGUGGUCAGAACGUGCCUGAUCCUUGGAAAAAUUUAUCUGUUGCUAUGUCUGAUUGAUCUCAGAUGUUAUCUCUAUAACAUUUUUGUUUUUUCCAUUGGUUAAAUCAGAAGUUUAAGCAGAAAAUUUUGGUUAAAUGAUCAAUUUGAUUGUAAGUUCCAACAAAGUUUUGUGCUAAUGAUUCCUUUUAAAAUUC